CUCUAUCGGCCAUUCCAAAUCUCCCGAUCUGAUUGACUCCGAUCAUAUCUCCGACGCCAAAUCGAUGAAUCUGCUGAUGGUGAUGGGAAUUCUCAGUCGCUACGUGCUAUAGAUUUCAUUCCGCCGAUCUUCAAAGAGGAUGUCCCAAGCUGACGUCUCCUACAGUUGUGGGUCUUGUGGAUACCCUUUGAACUUGACUUCUUCAAACAGGAUCACCUCCAACCUAGGAGCUGAAUAUCAAAAAUCCAUAAAGAAAGGUUAUAUCUCCUUUCUUUCAGUUGAUCUUAGCCGAUUCACACAGGUCGAUGAGGUAAACUGCCUUCCUCUUACUUGGGGCCGUUAUCGUUCAAAAACUAAACUCCUCUGUCGUAAAUGUGGGGUUCAUAUAGGCCAUGGUUAUGGAGAUGCACCUGCUCUUUGUGGUUUUGACUCUCCCAACUCAUCUAGUGCUGCUCACAAAAAGUUUUCAAUAAAGAUCCGGGCUCUACAGCCCGGGGAAGAGAGCUAACAACUUUGACAUGGAUGGUCUUACUUCCAUCAUGGAUCUAUCUGAUGAUUGCCUCUCCAUUAUUUUUAAAUGGCUUGACUGCAGCCGUGACCGUGAAUCAUUUGGCUUGACCUGCCGCAGAUGGCUUAAUAUUCAAAAUUUGAACCGUCGAUCCUUACAGUUCGAAUGUUCAUUUAGUAUUCUGAACCCUCAGACAUUAGCUCAGACCAGUCUUGAGAUAAAUUCAGAUCAUCUCUACAGGCUUCUCUUCCGUUUUCAGAAUUUAGAGUAUUUAUCUCUUUCUGGUUGCACAAAAUUACUGGAUUCAGGCCUAACCCACUUGCUAGCUUAUGGUUCAAGCUUACAAACUCUUUGUUUGGAUUGUUGUUUUCAAAUCACUGAUAAUGGGCUUUCCCCAGUUGCUAUUGGUUGCCCCUCUUUGGUUGUUGUUAGUCUUUACCGCUGCAACAUCACUGACGUUGGGUUAGAAAUUUUAGCUAAUGCUUGCCUUGCUUUGAAGCAUGUAAAUCUCUCAUGGUGCUUGCGUAUUUCUGACUUGGGGUUGGGAACUCUUUCACAAAGAUGCCGCCAGCUUCAAGCAAUAAAGAUAUCUAAUUGCAGUAAUGUAAGUGGUGUUGGAUUUAGAGGGUGUUCACAAACUUUAGUUUACGUAGAUGCUGAAUGUUGUAAUCUUGGACCAGAGGGAAUAAGAGAGAUUGUUAGUGGGGGUGGAGUCGAGUUUCUAAAUAUUAGUGGUCUGAACUGGUUGCAUGGAAAUGAAAUGGCAGCAAUUGGGAAUGGAUUUGCUGCAAGGCUAACAAUCCUUAACCUUCGAAUGUGUAGAUCUAUAGGAGAUGAGUCUAUCAUUGCAAUUUCAAAGGGGUGUCCACUACUUCAAGAGUGGAACUUGGCAUUAUGUCAUGGGGUUAGGUUUCCAGGUUGGGAAUCUAUUGGGUCAAACUGCCACAAUUUGGAGAAGCUACAUGUGAGUCGCUGCCGCAAUUUGUGUGACCGGGGAUUGCAGGCUCUGAGAGAUGGGUGCAGAAGGCUCUCUGUUCUGUACAUGCUUCGAAAUAUUAAGUUAUCUGAUACAGCAGUGGAGCUGUUUAAAUUGUACAGAAGUGAUGUCAGAAUCAAGGGAGAAGAAGAGAUGUUUAUAGGGCCCGACUGGACUGCCUAGAUGGAUGAAAACAUAGAACCGUCUGAGUUGAUCUGGGAAGCUACUAAAGUUGAAUAUGUGCCAGUUUGAUGACAGUAAUUUUGCUGGACUGCUAUGUUUACUCUCUUUAGAUUUUUGUUGGCAUUGGUUAGUAUAUGAUUAUUUGGACAUAUUGAACUUCAAAUAGACAUCAUUUGGUAAUGUCUUUUUAUACACAUGAGACUAUCUUUUGUUGUUGGAGUUUCAAGUCUCUCUCCUAAUUGAGCUGAGAUAUGACUUGCAAACUACAUCUGCCAUUGUUUCUACAUUUAUGCUGCUUAUCACUUCCAUGUAAAACCUUGAAGUUUCAUGUAUUGCGUUAUAAUGAUUGUGUUGCAGUGGAUUGUCUGAAACUGAUCAAGGCUUAUCUUAGGUAAAUCAAGAACUCCUUCUGUGGAUAAUCAACGCAAAUCAUUUUGCUUCUGGAACAAGGAAUUGUUCUUCCUAAACAAGGGAAUAAUGUAAAUCUGCAAUGAUGGAGUAUAUGUCUUACCUACACAUGUAAUUUGAUUUACAUAAGUAGAAAAUUAGUUUGUUAAUAGAUUCUAUCGACCUUA